ACCAACUCUGCAACUGUACACUUUUGUUCUGAACUUUCUGAUAGACCCCAACUUCUUCAAUUGCCGAAAUGCCCCUCCCGAAACAUCAUAUUUACAAGCUACCUUCACUUCACCGGUCCCCCUCCGACGCCGCCCUCGCCGACAAGGCAAUCACCUACCUCAAACGCCACCCUCAACACCUCACUUCUCUAUCUUCCCAUUUUACCCCAGAGGCAGCCUCCUGCGUCCUCCUCAAGUCCCAAUUCGACCAAACCCUAACCCUAAAUUUCCUCAACUGGGCUCGAAACCGCCAAUUCCUGACCUUCCCAUGCAAGUGCCUGGCGCUCCACAUCCUCACCCGCUUCAAGCUCUACAAGUCCGCUCAAUCCCUCGCGGAGGACGUUGCCCUCAACACCGUCGACGAUGGGGGCAGUUUGGUCUUUCAGUGCCUCGCUGACUCCUUUCAUAGCUGCAAUUCGAGCUCGGCGGUCUUUGACUUGGUGGUGAAGUCUUACUCUCACUUGAAUUUCAUUGAUAAAGCAAUGAACAUUGUUAGUUUAGCUAAAGUUCAUGGAUUUAUGCCUGGUGUGCUGUCGUAUAAUGCGAUUUUAGAUGCAAUUAUUAGGUCGAAAGGGUCGGUUAAAUUUGCAGAAGAGGUGUGGAGUGAGAUGAUUAGGAAUGGGGUCUCUCCGAAUGUGUAUACUUACAAUAUUUUGAUUAGGGGUUGUAGCGGGGCGGGGAAUUUGGAAAUGGGGUUGUAUUUUUUAGGUGAAAUGGAAAGAAAUGGCUGUUUGCCGAAUGUGGUUACUUAUAAUACAUUGAUUGAUGCCUAUUGCAAGUUGAAGAGGAUUGAUGAGGCGUUUGAACUGUUCAGAUCGAUGGCGUUCAAGGGUUUGGAGCCGAAUUUGAUUUCUUAUAAUGUGGUAAUCAAUGGCUUGUGUCGAGAAGGCAGGAUGAAUGAGACAAUUCAGGUCCUUGAUGAGAUGAAAAGAAAAGGUUUUGUUCCUGAUGAGGUGACUGGUAAUACACUCAUUAGUGGAUAUUGUAAGGCAGGCAAUUUUCAUCAAGCACUUGUUUUGCAAGAGGAUAUGCAGAGGAAUGGCUUGUCUCCAAAUGUCGUCACAUAUACAGCAUUGAUUAACGCCAUGUGUAAGGCUAAGAAUUUGAAACGAGCAAUGGAGUUUUUUGAUCAGAUGCGUAUUAGAGGACUUCGUCCAAAUGAGAGGACAUAUACUACAUUGAUUGAUGGCUUCUCUCAACAGGGGUUCUUAAAUGAAGCUUACGGUGUUCUGAAUGAAAUGAUUGGGAGUGGAUUUUCACCUUCGAUUGUGACUUGCAAUGCCCUUAUCAAUGGAUACUGCUUAUUAGGGAGGAUGGAGGAGGCCAUUGGAGUUAUACAAGACAUGAUAGGUAAAGGUUUGUUCCCUGAUGUAGUAAGUUAUAGUACUAUUAUAACUGGGUAUUGUCGGCAUAAGGAAUUGGAGAGCGCAUUUCGAAUGAAGCAGGAGAUGGUGGAGAAGGGUGUAUCACCUGAUGCAGUUACCUAUUCAUCACUCAUUCAAGGUGUCUGUCAGCAAAGAAGACUAGUUGAAGCUUGUGAUCUGUUCCAAGAAAUGUUAAGCAUGGGUAUGCGUCCUGAUGAAUUUACGUACACAACCUUGAUCAAUGCUUACUGUGUGGAAGGGGACUUAAUCAAGGCUCUAGAGUUGAAUAAUGAAAUGAUACGAAAAGGUUUCUUACCUGAUGUUGUUACAUACAGUGUGCUUAUUAACGGACUUAACAAACAAGCUCGGACAAGGGAAGCAAAGAGGCUUCUGCUCGAGUUGUUUUACGAGGAGUCUGUUCCCGAUGAUGUCACAUAUAAUACACUAAUAGAGAACUGCACUAAUAGUGAAUUUAAGAGCGUGGUGGCCCUUGUAAAGGGAUUCUGUAUGAAGGGUUUGAUGAAAGAAGCAGACCAAGUUUUUGAGACGAUGAUUAAGAGGAAAUACAAGCCUAAUGAGGCAGUUUAUGAUGUUAUUAUACAUGGUCAUUGUAGGGGUGGAAGUGUUCAGAAGGCAUAUAAUCUAUACAAGGAGAUGUUGCAUUUCGGUUUCAUUCCUCAUACUGUGACUGUUAUUGCGUUGAUUAAAGAACUUUUCACCGAGGGAAUGAACAAGGAAUUGAAUCAAGUCAUAGGGAACAUGCUUAGGAGCUCUCAGGUUAGUGACGCUGAGCUUGCAAAACUACUCGUUGAAGUCAACCAUAAAGAAGGAAAUAUGGAUGCGGUAUUUAAUGUGCUUAGCGAAAUGGCCAAGGAUGGCCUCCUUCCAAAUAGUGGAGUAGCAGCCUGUGCAGGGGGGUAAAUAAUGGCAAACAUUCUCUUACUGAAAAGAACAAAAAUGAUGGCAAGCAUUCAAGCUGAUUGCGAUCUUUUUGACUGACCAAGUGAAUGAGGAAGGUGCAUACUGAAGUGAACCUUUGAGCUUAUAUAUUGGUCAGUGAUUGAGAACGGAAUUGAAUUCUAUCACCUUUAUUAGAGUAUUGUCGGACACAACAUUAAGGGAACCAGUGGUGGCUUCUGCCAGCGAGGCCUAGUCACCCAGGCCUUCAGCCACCUUUUUACGAAGAUUCUUCAGUUAUGCUCAAUGUAGACUCAAUUUCAUACAAAAGCACAAGCAAACAAGAAAGUAGUAAGUUUUCUCUUCGCUUGAAAGAAACUGAGCAUUAUGUUUCGCUGCUUGAGAGGCAAAGGAUGUGGAUUUCAAGCUGCAUUUGAUUGAUUUGAUGGAUGCUAUUCUCUUCUCGAUGCGCCAAGGCUUAAAACUUCAUGUAUUCAUGGCAAAAUUGCUCGUGCAACUAUUUUGUUUGUUUGAUGAAAGGAAAUUGAAAGACGCAUCAAUUUUGUGAUGAAUUAUGAGCUAAUGUUGAUUAUCUUAAGUUGACCCUGCUUGUGUUCUUCUCUUGACAUUUUGUCUUGGCAAUGGCAGCUUUUGAAUUUAUGAUAAUGGA